AUGAAUCGUUCCCUUGUUUUUCUUUUGUUUUUGGCUCCCGCAGCGAUUCUAGCGAUUCGAUGCUGGUCUGGAAUGGAGACCGUCUCAAAUGGAAGACGACUUCCUGCUGAAUCUGGUGGGCCAUUUGCUUCGGUUGAAUGUAAUGCUGAUUUCUGCUAUAAUAACUACGUGAAGCGCCACACAAAAGGCGAUGACAGUUACACUGUGACAAAAAGCUGCGGAGAAGUUGGAAAGUGCUUUGAAACUGGAUGCGACGGACCUCAUGACGAACGAAUUUGCUGCUGUAUAGGAGAUUUGUGCAAUUCGAGCAAUGGUUUAAACAAUAGUGUGGCCGGAAUUCUCAUCAUUCUCACAACCUAUCUGCUUUUCAGAUAA